UACCAGAAACGAAACCUAAGGGGAAAAAAUAGAAUUACUAAUUACAGAGUAUUUCCAUGUUAAGUAUGGGGAACUUCGCAGGAAACACAACCUAAGCCUUAGCAAGCUACAUUGUCCAAAACCGCAGCUCAGCCUCAGACGCGAACAAUGUCAAAUGUGGUGGUCUUUCUCGGGUGAAAUAUCAUACGAUUAUGGGGAAAUGUGUCUACCUGCUCAUUUUCUUUUAUGUUUCUGGACUACACUUUCUGUCCGCAUCAGCUGUGGUCCAUUUGGUUCAGGCUGGACAAAAUGCUUCCCUGUCGUGCAACCUCACAAACAGCAGAGAAAUAAUCUGGUUCCAAAUGCGCUCAGAGGAACUUGUCACCCUUAUAACUGUUACCGGGCAUUCACGUUUUCUAAAUACUGCAGAAGUUAUUAAGGAAGACACAGAUCACUUUGACACAAAGGAAAACAACAGUUUGGAGAUCAUUGUGGUGACAGAAGCAGAUUUGGGAUUGUACUACUGUGCUGGUCGCUACAAUGGGACAGUGCGAUUUGGAAAAGGCAUCCGCCUGACUUUUACAGACGCAGAGGUGGCAGAGAGGGAAUUGGUGUCGUGUUGGACUCUCCUGGCCUGUGUUGCCCCAAUCUCAGUCUUGUUCAGCGCCCUCUGUCUCUUUGGACUCUGUAUCCGGUCAGGUAAAACAACAUGUUUGUGCAACACCUGUGUGAACAGGAAUUCAAGUCUCAAGGAAGUGGAUCUGCAAUAUGCCAGUCUGAAGCACAAUGGUAAUGCCCGCCCCGCUGAUCAGCGAGUGCCAGGAUUGGGCCAGGGGGAUGUCACCUAUGCAACAGUGGCCCAAUGUGUUCACACAGGCACAUGAUACAUCACAUGUACUUCUGACAUGGUUCUUGGAAUAUCCAUUCUUGAUGGAAAUAAGAUUGUAUUUUGAUUCAUGCAUGUAUGUGUGUCUCUGUAAAUGUUGAAAAGGCUAAUUGUCACGCCUUGGUCAUUGUAUCUUGUGUUUUUGUUAUAUGUAUGUCAAUUUGAUAUUGUUUUUUAAUUUUGAUACAUUUAAAAAAAAUGUAUAUAUAUUUAAAAUAUAUGUAUUAUGGGGUAUUGUGGGUAGAUUGAGUGGACACAAUAAAAAAUAACUCAUUUAGAAAAAGGCUGUAACCUAACAAUGUGGAAAAAGUAAAGGGGUCUGAAUAAUUUCCAGAAUGCAUUGUAUACCAACCUUCUAAGGGUCAUUCUACCCACAGAACUAUAAUGAGUUUAUAUGAUUCGACCUCUGAUACACUACAUGACUAAAAGUAUGUGGACACCUGCUUGUCGAACAUCUCAUUCCAAAAUCAUGGGCAUUAAUAUGGACUUGGUCCCCCUUUUGUUGCUAUAACAGGCUUUCCACCAAUAGAUAUUGGAACAUUGCUGUGGAGACAUUCAGCCACGAGCAUUAGUGAGGUCAGGCACUGAUGUUGGGGGAUUAGGCCUGGCUCGCAGUUGGCGUUCCAAUUCAUCCCA